GUGUGGCUAUCAUCGUGAGAGAGGGCGGGAGUAUUGCUGUUCCACCUCUCACUUCCUGGAGUGAACACUGCCCAAAUAUGUGGCUCAAACAGAGAAUAACUUGUAAUGUUUGACACACUGGACCAGGAAAUAUUAUACUACGGCCAAGUCUACACAAUAUCUGCUGGUGUGAAGCAUGUUCCUGUGGCACUAUCUGCUCACGCUGCUCCUACUGAUAGCUGUUCGAAUAUGCCAAGCUGAGAGAUGUGAAGAAUUUACAGAUCUGGAUUUCAGUCACGCUUUCAUCGGAACCAACCUCAAAAUCAGGUUGUUGCUGUACACCAGGGAAAAUGUCACCUGUGGUACACUCGUGUCCCACACCGACCUCUCCUCACAUCCCCAGUUCAACUUGUCCAGAACAACCACCUUCAUCAUUCACGGGUACCGGCCCACAGGAUCUCCACCGGUGUGGUUUAAGAAUUUCACAGAGUUGCUGCUUGCCAAGGAAGACAUGAACGUCAUAGUGGUGGACUGGAACUACGGAGCUGCUAAUGUCAAUUAUUUUAAGGCAGUGGAGAACACACACCUGGCAGCCAACAACCUCACUGCUUUUAUUCAAAUUAUGGAGGAACACGGGGCCUCUCUGAGCUCCAUCUACUUGAUCGGAGUCAGCCUUGGUGCUCAUAUCUCAGGCUUCAUAGGUGCUAACCUGAAUGGGUCUAUUGGAAGAAUUACAGCUCUGGAUCCAGCCGGGCCUCAGUUCACCGGCAAUCCUCCAGAGGGCCGACUGGACCCCACUGACGCACAGUUUGUGGAUGUCCUUCACACAGACAUAGACGCCCUGGGCUUCAGGGAACCUCUGGGUCACAUUGACUUCUACGCUAACGGGGGAACAGAUCAACCCGGCUGCCCAAAGACCAUCUUCUCUGGAUCAUCCUAUUUUAAAUGCGACCACCAGAGAUCAGUGAAACUCUUCCUUAAUUCUUUGGAUCGGACGUGUACCAGCCGGGCCUUCCCCUGCUCCUCCUACAAAGACUUUCUGGAUGGAAAAUGCUUGAACUGUGAGCGCUUUGGUGCCGCAGGAUGUCCCGUCUUUGGUUAUGAUGUCACACAGUGGAGAGACGUCCUGCUGAGUCUGGGCCAAACAAAAACCUACUUCAGCACAAAUAAAGUCUGUCCGUACUGCAUGACAAGCUACAGGUUGGAGGUGAUGAUAUGGAACCAGGACUCCCGCUGGGGAUACAUCACUGCCAAACUCCACGGUAACGGUAAAGAAGCUGUGGCAACCAUUGACCAAGCCACCCAGUUCAAGAAGUUCACGGAGACCAAGUUGUUUGCCCAGUUUGACAAAGACCUUCAGUCGGUGCAGAAAAUGUCUCUUAAAUUCUCCAAUGGGAACGUGUUGAAGCCCAAAUAUAAGCUGCGGGUUCUCCGAAUCCGUCUCACUCACCUGGAACGCAAGAGAGGUAUGCAACAUGCAUACUAACUGUUACCAAUGUGUAACGUA